AUGUGGAUCAGUACCUCCAAGUCCGAGGCCAUGGUUCUCUGCCGGAAACCGGUGGACUGCCACCUCCGGUACCACUUUGUGAACGAACCAUUGACUUGGCAUGAAGCUCAGUCCUACUGCAGAGAGACAUACACAGACCUGGCCACCACAGAGAGCAUGACAGAAAUCAACCAACUCAUUGACACAGUUUCAUCUUCUGGUCACAACUCUGAGGUGUGGAUCGGUCUGUAUACUGAAAUCGACUGGAGGUGGUCAGAUGGGUUCACAGGGAGCGGGGCUGAGUACAGGAGCUGGAAAUCAGGAAAACCAAAUUUUUAUUCUGCACGAACACAGCUGGAUCCUGAGUACAUUGUUGUGAAUGAAACCAUGACUUGGUCCAGUGCUCAGAAGUACUGCAGGGAGAACUUCAUAGACCUGGCCACUGUGAGGAAUGAGAUCCAGAACCAGCAGCUCCAAAACUUAGUCCAAAGUUAUUCAUGGAUUGGUUUAUUUAGAGAUCCUAAUUUUUACUGGUCUGAUGGGAGCAGCUUCUCUUUCAGCCACUUUGAUUAUGUUCACAACCAAUAUGGCUCCAAGAGAGUCAUAUGCGGA